UUUUGAGGACACCAGCGCAUUUAUGCCGAGGCGUGCUGACGUCACCCAGCCACAAUGAGCGCACUUCACACUGUUGUUGACGCGUCAUAAAUGCACAUGGCUCCGUUGCGGAUAUGAACGAGAGAUGGAGCAGAGACUGACAGUCGGUGAGUGAGAGACCUGAGUGUUUUUUGCUGAAACAAACCCACUACCUUCCGCAGACCACAACAUGAGCGACAACAACUACUGGGGACAGCAUGACUGCAGCAGACUGUGCUUGGGCCUGCCGAGCGGCCACGUGGAACACAACCUGACCGAUCAGCAACUAGUCCAAGAAUGCAGCGCAAACGUUUUUCUACCAAAGUUUCCAUCCUACUCCGAUUCCUGCUGCCUCCCAUUGGACAAGACACUUGGACCUCAUGAAGGAGACCAGGUGGUGCCUUAUUGUACUUCCCACCGAUGGACAGUGUGUUGGGGCCCGCAGAGAGAAGCCAAACCAUUGCCGCCCUUACCUGACCCCGAGGAGCACAUGUCCGACGAGGCAGCAGAUAAUGAGGUGGAGUUCUUCACCAGCGAGCGACGGCCGCUUCUGCCCAAAAGCUGCCCUAAGAUGGUGUGCAGGAGCAGAGGUCAAGUAAAUCCCGCCUACCUGGGGGCGUCGUCGCAGCCUGGCAACGCCUCCUUGGCGUUCUCCUGGCCUGGCAAAGAGGACAAAUUAACAGGCGCAGGUGCUGAGCUCGGAGUUAACGACUGGCAUCCUGUUCCCCUGGCGGAAAACCACCAGGAUAUGUCGUGGCGUCGACACCCAGACUAUAAACUCAACUCCUGCUCCAGCACCCCCUCCGAGAAGCCCCAAAUUCCUCCUCGUAUCCCAAUCCCGCCAAAAACUUACCUAAAAACUGCGGCCGGCGAGGAGAAGCCGCCUAAAAUCCCCCCGAGAGUCCCUCUGGUGCCCCCGUGCCCGCCACGGUCCCCGAGUCCCAAAAGCCUACCCAUUUACAUCAACGGCGUGAUGCCGGCCACACAGAGUUUCGCUGCUAACCCCCAAUAUGUGAGCAAGUCGCUGCUGAGCGAGAGGGCGCCCCCCGCGGCUCAGAUCUCCCCCUGCAUCGUUCCAAUUUUGAAGGACGGCAGACAGGCCAGCGCCACGCACUACAUCCUCCUCCCGCCGCGGCAAAAGACAUUGGCCGACAGACGAGGGCGACUCUUGAGCGAGCCCGCCAGGUUGGGAAACGAAUGGCAGAACAGUUAAAAUAAACCCGCGUGGGGUUGGUUUACUUCAGGUUUUGCACAUUCAAAAAACGGGCACAAAAUUGAAACCAUACCGUACAACGUCUUUAUCUCGAUAGCGCUUUCACAACAGCUGCAGCUGUCACGAAGCGCUUAACAGAACAGUUAACAUGAAAUGACUAAAGACGCUAACAUAACUUCAUGCAAUCUUAGCCACUUUUCCUGCCGACGCUUUGUUGUUUGAAGCAGUUCGAGAUGAAAGCGGGGAGGAUCAAAAGUGUCCUUUCACCAGUGGAUCAGAGACGCCAAGCUCAAAAUGUGCACACGUCUGCUACAUGCUAGGUUUGAAAGUAAACAAGCUGGAGCUUCCAUCGACCAACUCAGAGUUUCUACUUCUUUAAAGCGCAUGCAAUUUGCGAGCUUCGUUAAUCAAGCCCUAUGAGUCUUAAAAGUAGGAGAAAAUAGUCACUGACAUCAUUCCUUUCACCUUCUUGCUGUGCUAUAAUGUCAGUGCGAUUGUGAGAAAUGACUCAAUAGUGUGACAUCAUAACGCAUCACACCGUGGAACCCUCCAGCGGUUGUGUUGUUGCCACUUGCCCGUUUAGUAGAAAGAAUCAAUGGACUGACUCAAGCCAUUAGGUACUCUAAAGACUAUUGUUGGUACAAUACUUUAAGGGUAUGGUGUGGUAUUACAUACCCUGACAAUUGGUUAUGUACUUUCCCCUGACGUUUUGUGUCCUGCUGCAAAUUGUUUAAUAUUCGCCAGAAUUGAAAUUGACCUUAAAAAGGUUUGUGAUUGCCUAGAGAGGCCACAGGAUGGUGGCAAAGCACGACUUUCCUAUUAGACAGGGCUAUGGCCUGACUAAACAAAGCUCCUUUGUCUCACUUUGACAUAGUUCUUCGGCACCGAUAUGCCACAAGCCAGCGCCAAAUCACCCUAUACAUUACCACGUUUUUUUUUUUGUUUUCUCAGGAAAUAUUGAUAACCAGGAAGAAUAAAUUUUUCAAAUGGGUUUGGAAGUACGACACGAUAGCUUCAGUCAGACAUUUUCUCAAACAAGAGUGACUGACUGUUGAUGUGUGACAAAAUCCUCAAGAUGAAUUCACGCGCCUUACCUUUCAACUGUUAAUGUCAUUUUAAGAAUAUGUUUGUCAGCACGGGACUGAGUUUGUUGCUUCUGGCAUUUUGCCAGUGAGUAUUAGACAGUAUCUGCUCUGGGUCAACCUGGAAAUCCUCUUAACAUUCCAGUAUUCUCUCUCUCGAGUUGGAGGCUUGAGUUGCCUUGUCGUUCCCAAAGGAACUUCCUUUGGGGACAAUAUUUUAUUCCCGUCCUCUGUAACGUUCCAUUGACAAAACAUGCUGCAACCCAAGCAGAGCAGAUACUCCAAUCUAUGUUGUGCACUUAAAUGUGAGCGAAUCGUUACUGUAUAAACAAGCUGGGCUUGUGUCAGACUUAUCAUUCCAUGUGUUCUUCAGCAUGCUGCUUGAAAUCUUAUAGGUAUAAUUUUGAAAAUAGAUCUCAUCAUAAUGACAGUUGAUAGAACAGCGAGAACAACACUGCACAACCGUCCUAAAAAUGUCAUCAUUUAGAAUGCAAAACUGGUUCUGUCUAUCUUUCAGCUCUGCUCACGUGGUAUCUCGAGUUUAAAACUGGGGUUAUUGUAUAUCUCAAAGAUGAAACAGUGAAACAUUCAUUAGCACGACAUCAAUUGGAUUUAUUAUUUUCUUGAGGUUACAUGAUUAAAAGUCAUCCGAACCAAAAUCAGACGAUGGCUGAAAAAGUCAUCUUAAAUGCUGUAAACCUUGUGAUUUUUUUUUCCCCACAAUAUGUCCAGU